GCCUUGCAAAUCGCAAUGCAGUCCUUUAAAUCAUUUUCCUUCCGCAGUUUCAUCCAUCUCUUUUAUUAUCCGUCUCAGAUCAUCCCGAUUAAUCAUAUCAUGCAGACAAAUCCAAUUUCACUCACAUCUUUUGUCUUUAUUAUUUGCUUUCUUCUUUCUAUAGGGAGAUGGAGAAUAUCAGAAGCAUCAACACUGUUCACUCUCACAAACGAUUGUAGAGAGACGAUAUGGCCAGCCAUAAUACCAGGCGACAGCUUCGAGGGAGGAGGGUUUCCGUUAAAGCAAGGCCAGUCCAGGGUCUUCACUGCUCCCGUUGGAUGGUCAGGCCGAAUUUGGGCCCGGACUGGGUGCAACUUCGAUCAAAGUGGAAAUGGCACCUGCGUCACUGGUGCGUGCGGCACAUCAUUGAAAUGUGCUGCCGCCGGUAAGCCACCCGCAACCUUAGCGGAGUUCACCCUGGCAAAAACAGACUUCUACGACGUGAGCUUGGUGGAUGGGUUUAACAUACCAGUGUCAAUAAAACCCUUACACGGGGCAGGUAACUGUACAGCUGCUGGGUGCAAUCAAGACCUUAGAAAGAAUUGUCCCAAGGAGCUGUCUGUUAAAGCCCCUAAUGAUCAUAGCAAGACGGUGGCUUGCCGGAGUGCAUGUGACGUGUUCGACACCGAUGAGUAUUGUUGUAGGGGACUCUACGGCGGUCCGUCGGUCUGCCAUCCUACUUAUUAUUCAAAGUUAUUCAAGCAAGCAUGCCCUACUUCUUAUAGUUAUGCUUAUGAUGAUCCUACCAGCAUUUUUACCUGUACUGGCACCGAUUACAUCAUCACUUUCUGUUCUUCCAAGUCGAAGCAUGCGUGCACGUACCAUGACAAUAGACUAAUUUGCAGCGCUUCUUCAAGGAUGGACUCACAUCUCAGUAAAUGGUGGUCUUUCAUGUUUGCUCUACUAUUCCUUGUAACUUUGCGGAGUAUUUAGUGAUUAUCUUGUAAAUUCCCCUUUGCUCCGAUCCUUUUGUACUUGGAUUAAUACAUUGUAAUUUUUGUUGGAAGGAGGAAGGAGGUUUGUACUUGUACAUGGAAAUAAAUUGUUUGAAUAUCAAUGUAUCAACACGAAACCAGAGUCGACGACCAAACAUGCAUUUUAUAUAUA